AUGGGUGGUUCUUACGAAGCUGGCACCAUUGUCGACUGGAGGGCCACUGCCUUGGUGCCCGUGAGACUCACAUCGGCCAAUGAUCAGAUCCGAUUUGACGAGAAUAAAACAUAUGCUUUGUUCGGGUUAACGAGUGAUUUGGCGACUUCGUUAUGCGACUGGAUGUCCUCCCGGGGCGCUCGAACCAUUGUUCUCACCAGUCGGAACCCGAACAUUGAUGAGAGGUGGCUUGAAGAGAUUUCGAGGGCAGGAGUACACGUCGGAGUAUUUUCCAACGACAUCACGGAUCAAACUGCUGUUGAGGAGCUCGUCGCAACGAUCCGUCGAGAAUUCCCCCCGAUUGGCGGCAUUAUGAACGGCGCAAUGGUGCUUCAAGAUGUCCCAUUUUCGGAAAUGUCAUUCGAGAUUAUGGAAAAAGUCUUGAGACCCAAGGUACUGGGAACGAUGCACCUGGACCGGCUAUUUUGA